AUGAUGGAAAAUAUCGAUUAUACUUCUCAAGGUUACCUCAUUCUGCUGGAUUUUUCUAAUUGGCUUCACCUAGAAGUGGUUCUCUUUGUAGUAAUCUUGCUAUUCUAUGUGAUGACACUAAGAGGCAACCUGUUUAUCAUCAUCUUGUCACACCUGGACCCCCACCUCCACACUCCCAUGUACUUCUUCCUCUCAAACCUCUCUCUUCUGGAUCUCUACUCUACCACCAUCUCUGUCCCCCAGUUUCUGGUAAAUCUCUGGGGCUCAGACAAGACAAUUUCUUUCACUGGUUGCAUGAUUCAACUCUACUUAUUCCUUGCACUGGGGUCUACAGAGUGUGUCCUAUUGGUGGUGAUGUCUUAUGAUCGCUAUGCAGCUGUGUGUAAACCCUUGCAUUACAAUGUACUCAUGCACCCUUGUUUCUGCCAUUUUUUGGCUGUGACUUCUUGGGUAAGUGGAUUUACCAACUCAGCAGUUCAUUCUCUCUUCAUUUUCUAG